UUAUCGUCCAAGCAAAUGUUUGAAACUUCGUUAUACUGGGCUCGAGUACUUCCUUCUCAUCCUCAACCUUCAAAACUUGCGAGCUACCCAAUAUCUUUAUUAAACCGUGUACUGGCCAUUCUUAGUGCAGAAUGUGUCGUGGCAAUGAUUUGAGCUUAUGGCCAAAUUCCUUAUGAAAAGUAUAUUUUCAGGGGCAACAUAAUCUUUCAGUAACCAACAUCCCAUUCCUGUGAUUCCUGAUUAAUAAGGUCAUUGACUCUCAUGUUCGGAUGCAAAACUGGAGCUAAGAGGCAAACCGGCCUAGCUGGCAUUGUAGGAUCCAAAGAUCUUGAAAAUGUUUUGGUGUCAAAAUCACACUAAAAUAUAGUUUAUGAUUUCCAUCAUUAUGGUUAUUAAUUCAAUGAUAAUAUUUUCAAAUAUAAUAGUUGAGUUUGAGUUAGUUAAUAAAGAAAAGUGGGAUGGUUAAUUACUGGUUGGUGAAUAGUUGGUAGGAAUGGUAUGUGUAGUAAUCUUAAAUUCUCCGAUAUAAUGAUUUGGUGAACUUCAUAUCUUUCCCAAUUUCUCGUUUAUUCUCUUUGUUUAGUUCCACAAUCACUUCCUAUAAUCUCUGAGUUGUAAAAUACAUUCUAUCUCCGCACCUGCAUGCAUACAAUCAGUUUCAAAGAAUGAGUGGUUUAAACAAACAAAUAUUAUUAUUAUACGAAUGUUUGGAAAUACAAACUGCAUUUUCCAAAUAUACAAGACUUUUUCUUUGUUAGCAAAUAUAGACUUUUUGUAACACAAUGUGAUUGGAUUGAUCAUAGUUAAAAGUCAAUAGACAUACUACUAAGUACUAACUAUGAUUCAUGAAUUUAAAAACGAAGCUACCAACUGGUGUGAUUAUGAUUCUGUGAUGGGGCACUCAGUGACGUGGUGGAUCGUUAUUGUUUGGUUUACUUAGAAUUGGGCACGUCCCUUUGGACUCUCGUCGCCUAUGUUUCCUAAUCCGUAGGUAACUGAUGAGGAAAAUCAAGAGAAGAAAGAAAGUAAUUUGAUAUUUCGGAAUCGUGCCGUAACACUAUGCGGCACGUUCUUGAUGAUGAUGAUAUUUGCCAAAUCCGAUGUGCCUCUCCAUAUUUUGCUAUACUUACUAUAGUUAUAAACUUAUAGAAAUAAACCAUAAAGUCUCUCGUACGUAAUUUUAUUUGAUUUUUUUUUUGCAAUACUAUGAACUCUGUAGACUGUAGUAAAUGUAUUUAAUAUAAACACAUUUGUGACAUUUGCAUUUUUCUUGUUUUCAUAAAACCAACAGAUAGAUCCUUCCUCUCAUUCAAAAUUCAAAUCCGCGAAAAUAAAGAAAGAAAGAAAAAGAGAUUUUCAAAUUUUGAUAAUAAAAAAUACGUGUUGAAUAAAUAAAUAAAAAGUAUUAUACGGGAGGUGGGAGCUGUAACAUAGUUGUAUUGAAGUAUCAAUCAUCUCAAAGUCAUCAAUCAACCGCCACAUUAAGCAUCUUCCUUUCUUCUCUGCUAUAUUUUUUUUGGUGGCUUCUCAAAUUCACAAGCUUACGACUUCGAUUCUAGUUAUAGAGUGCGAUACACAGGCUUUGCUUAUUAGGAAUGAUUUGAGGAAUAAGCACGAAAAAGGGAAUUUAUACGAUCCGGCGGAGAUGAGCGCGUCAAGGUUCAUAAAGUGUGUUACGGUCGGAGAUGGUGCUGUCGGAAAAACCUGCAUGCUGAUUUCUUACACCAGCAACACUUUCCCUACUGACUAUGUUCCAACCGUUUUCGACAACUUCAGUGCUAAUGUGGUUGUUGAUGGCAACACUGUAAAUCUUGGCUUGUGGGACACAGCCGGUCAAGAAGACUACAACAGGUUAAGACCUCUGAGUUACCGUGGAGCAGAUGUAUUCCUUCUUGCUUUUUCCCUCAUCAGCAAGGCUAGCUACGAGAAUAUCGCCAAGAAGUGGAUUCCGGAGCUCAGGCAUUAUGCUCCUGGUGUUCCCAUUAUCCUCGUUGGUACAAAACUUGAUCUUCGAGAUGACAAGCAAUUCUUCAUAGAUCAUCCAGGUGCAGUUCCUAUUACUACAAACCAGGGAGAGGAACUGAAGAAACUGAUUGGCUCUGCUGUCUACAUUGAAUGUAGUUCAAAGACUCAGCAGAAUGUGAAGGCAGUGUUUGAUGCAGCCAUAAAAGUGGUUCUUCAGCCACCAAAGCAGAAGAAGACUAAGACAAAGAACAAGAACCGUUGUGCCUUCUUGUGAUUAUAAUAUAUGACAAUUACGAUAGUGAAGAGAGACAUUUCGAGUUAGCUUUUUGUAUAGUUGCUUAAAUCAAAGCUGUGUUGUUGUAUCUUUUGAGUUCAAAGUGUGUACUACUCUUUGCUAUGUAGACAUGGGAUCAUUCUGUAUUGACAUACGAGUCUAAUUAAUAUGGCAAUAUUUUUGUUUAUGCUUUCAAGCUGUUGUAUAUGCAAGUGAUUUGGUUGAGA